AUUGGCAGUGACUUUUUAAAAUAUACCUAAAGUUUAAUUUGGUGUAGAAAAAGUUUAUUUAACUUAAGAAUAAUUAUUAUUAUUAUAUGUUGUUAUAAUUUUAAUUUUGUAGUUUUAAUUACAUGAAUAAAGAAACCGCAAAAACUUACAACACAAAAACAAAUUGCAUGUAAUUAAAAAUUAAACUUCAAUGUAAGCCAUGGUAUAGUAGACGAAUAAUUAAUAAGUGAUUAAUUGCAUAGUUGAGUGAAAGAUAUGAAUAGAAAAAGGAAUAUUGCUUAUAUUAAACCAGAAGAUCCACCUUUUUUAAAAGUCCUUAAAAAAGAAGCUGGUUAUGAUAAUGUCAAUCAUAAAUUUGAUAAACUUGAAAAUUCUGAGGAAGAUUUUGUAGAUGAUGAGGAUAGUGAUUUACCUCAAGUAGUUGUACUUAAAAAAGGAGAUCUUACUGCCGAAGAAGCAGAGGCUGAGAAAGAUAAAAUUAAACAAAUAGAAUCACAAACUAAAGCAGACCUUAACCAAAAAGUGAUUUUUAAGGGAAAGUCAAGUAAGAAAAUAAAAGACGAUAAAAUCAUAUCAAAUAAGAGAUCAAGAUCAAAAAAUAAACAGCAGCAGCUAUUGUCUUUCAUGGACAAUGAUUCAGAUAAUGAUAUAUAAUAAAGGCUAUCAUUUAUAGAACAUAAGGAUUGUGUUUAAAAUCAUCAUGUUUUAAAAACUUCAGCAACAACUCCAAAUUAUUUGUAACUUUCCAUAUGUAAAAUAUAUAUUUUACAUAAGAAAGUAAUGAAACAGUAACUCAUUUUUUUAAACUUUUACUAAUAUAAUAUACAAUAAAUGUGAACAAAAAAGUAUAAUGAAUUUUUGCAAUUUAAUGAAAUCCAAUUUUCAAAUAAUAUGUAUGAAUGAUUUGGCUUAUUAUGCUUAUAUUGGAUACUGACUUAUGCAAAUUAUGCGUCAAUAUUUCGUCUUGAAAAAGUAUGUAAUCUUGUGCUGUAAAUGUAAUCAUUUAGAAAUAUAAGUUUCAGUUAAAAAUUAAAUUUAUGUAGCUACUUUUGAUUCCUACUAUGUUUUUAAGCCAUUCAUUGUCAGUCAAUGGCCAAUACACAAGCUGAUAUGCUAAUAAUUUUCGUCUGCUCAUGCAAGGGCGUAGACUAAGGUGAGAUGUGAGAUAAAAGUAGUCUACAUCAGUUUUCGGGGUUCAAGCUUGCUGCUAGUCAAAAUUUCAUCAAAAUUAACUCUGUCGUGUAGCAGUUAUAGCAUAACAGACAGACAAAAAGACUAGCAUUUUUUAAUUUAAGUAUUUAUAUACUUCAUUCAAAGUUGUUACUUUAGAUUUUAGAGAUUUUUUUUCCACACCAAAGUAUUAGUCAUCCUAAGUAUUUAUAUUGAAAGUUAUUUAAAUUAUUGGUAACAAUAUGAUUAUUAAUAUAUCACAUUACCUACGAAUGAAAUUACUACCUUGAGAAAUCGAGACAAGAAAAACUAAGGGUAUGGACACAUGUCAAUGAUACAGCGCCGGCUACCGUGUACCAUAUGUUAGUCUAUGUUACAUCCUAAAAACAUUAUUAUGUAGAUAAUUAUAAUGUUUAGCUUUUUAAGAGCAUUUAUUUCAACAGGUCAUUAAUGUACCCAAUACUACACAUAUAAAACUUUGAUAUUGUCUUAAUAUUAUCCAGUCAACU